CAUUCUUUUUGGUGAUAAAAAAAAAAUUCUUUAGGGGCAGAUUUGACAAACUCUAUUUAUGCAUGACUCUUCCAAAGUAUAAGAGGCAUCAGUUAAGGAAUAUUUUAACUUUCUGUAACCAUCCAAAUCACUAGUUUGUAAGUGCACGAAAUGAACUGCAUCCACAAAAGAUGGUGUAUAUAUGCAUGAAUCAUGCUGUUUCUUUUUGCCCAUUCCAUCAUUUGCAUGAUGAUGUAGAGAGCAACUGCAUCUUCUAUAAAUACAUCUUAGGAGCCUUUCAGGGCAUAGACGGAAGUUGGAAUUGUACUUGAUGAUGGAUUCUGAUUUAGUGAGGGAAUCUCCUGCCAUUGCUACUCCUAGUUAUGAAGGGAAAAAGAAGAAGAAGAGCAGGCACACAGUCACAAGGAUGAUGUUCCUUGUUGUAUUUCUUGGGUGGCUUAUGGUUUGGGUUUUGUUGCCUACAAAGGUGUAUAAACAACAAUGGACUCCCAAGCUAAACAGCAAGCUCAAUUCCACAUAUUUUGGAGAACAAGGAACAAAUCUUUUGCUAUUCACAUUCCCUAUGAUGCUCAUAGCUGCUGUGGGUUGUGUUUAUCUCCACUUUCAGAAGAAAAAAGGAAAUUCUUUCUCUAGGAGCAUCAGCGCAAGCCAUCGUCUGGCCUUCUGGAAAAAACCAGUGCUUGUGAUGGCUCCUCUUGGGAUUGUUUCAGCCAUGGAGCUUGUUUUUGCUGCCAUGUUCAUCAUGCUCUUAAUCUGGUCUCUUGCCAAUUACUUAUAUGUCAGCUUUGGUCACCUCCAUAUGCAUAAACAAGGGGAGAAAGUGUGGGAAGCUAAGUUUCGUAGCGUAUCUCUGAGACUUGGGUAUAUUGGAAACUUGUGCUGGGCAUUUUUGUUUUUUCCUGUGACUCGGGGAUCUUCAAUUCUGCCUCUUGUUGGGCUCACAUCAGAGUCUAGCAUAAAGUAUCAUAUUUGGCUUGGGCAUCUCUCCAUGGUCCUUUUUGCUGCACAUAGCAUAGGUUUUGUCAUCUACUGGGCUAUGACCAAUCAAAUGGCUGAGAUGCUAGAAUGGAGCAAAACUUAUGUAUCAAAUGUAGCUGGAGAGAUUGCCUUUUUAUUUGCAUUAAUAAUGUGGGCAACAAGCUUUCCUCGGGUGAGGCGAAAAAUGUUUGAAGUUUUCUUCUACACCCACCACAUAUACACUCUCUACAUCUUCUUCUAUGUGUUGCAUGUUGGCACUGCCUACUUCUGCAUGAUCCUUCCUGGGAUCUUUCUAUUCAUUAUAGACCGGUACUUAAGAUUCUUACAGUCACGGCAACGAGCUAGGCUGGUUUCAGCACGCAUCUUACCCUCUGAAGCUGUUGAAUUGACCUUCUCCAAGAGUCUAGGACUAACUUACAACCCCACAAGCAUCUUAUUUGUGAAUUUGCCUAGCAUUUCCAGGCUGCAGUGGCACCCUUUUACUGUGACUUCAAAUUGUAAUAGUGAACCAGAUAAACUAAGCAUAGUCAUCAAAACUGAAGGAAGCUGGUCUCAGAAGCUUUACAACAAACUUUCUUCACUUCCUGCUGUAGACUGCUUUGAUGUCUCUGUUGAAGGACCAUAUGGGCCUACUUCAUCUCAUUUCCUAAGGCACGAGUCGCUAGUAAUGGUGAGUGGAGGCAGCGGUGUUGCUCCUUUCAUCUCCAUAAUCCGCGAGAUCAUAUUCCAAAGCACCAAACCAAACUGCAAGGUUCCAGGAAUCCUCCUCAUUUGUGCCUUCAAGAACUCUGCUGAUCUCACCAUGCUAGACCUCUUGCUUCCCGCCUCUGGCAUGACCUCGGACAUUUCACAGAUACAGCUGCAAAUAGAAGCCUAUAUCACUAGAGAGAAAGAGCAGCCCACCACAGACAUCCAGAAGCUCCUCCGAACAAUAUGGUUCAAGCCAAACACAUCAGAUGCUCCCAUUUCCGCAGCCCUUGGUCCAAACAGCUGGCUCUGGCUAUGUGCAAUAAUCAUAUCUUCCUUCAUCAUGUUCCUCCUCUUCUUGGGCAUUCUCACGCGUUACUACAUUUACCCUAUUGAACAUGGCAGUGAUGAAAUUUAUCAUUUCUCCUUUAGAUGUCUCUGGGACAUGUUCUUCCCAUGUGCUGCCAUUUUCUUAGCUGCCAGCGGCGUUUUUCUUUGGCAUAAGAAACAAGCCACCAUGGAAGGGAAGCAAAUCCAGAACAUGGAAGUGCCAACACCGGUAGCCUCACCAGGGUUAUGGCUAUGCGGCAGUACAGAUAGAGAGCUCGAAAGCCUCCCCCACCAGUCCCUUGUCGAAGCUACCAAGGUGCAUUUUGGAGCAAGACCCGAUCUCAAGAAGAUACUUUUUGAUUGCAAAGGAUCGGAUGUUGGAGUUUUGGUAUGCGGGCCAAGGAAGAUGCGACAUGAGGUUGCAAGAAUUUGUUCAUCUGGUCUUGCUGAUAAUCUGCAUUUUGAGUCCAUUAGCUUUAACUGGUGAUGAAUGCAUGUUAACUUCAUAAAUAAUGAAGGCCCUGUGACUUUAUUUUGUGUUGUUCU